AUGGACUCGCUGAUCCCAUUCACAACCUCGGGGUCGCUUGUGGAUUGCGUCGACAGGAAGAUGCUGGUGGUCCUUCGAGACGGCAGGAAGUUGCAGGGGGUCUUGAGAUCGUACGAUCAAUUUGCUAAUUUAGUUCUGGAGGAUACGGUCGAGCGAAUAUAUCAUCGUGAUGUGUUUGCAGAAAUGUGGCGGGGGCUGUUUCUCAUCCGCGGUGAAAACGUUGUCCUGCUGGGCGAAGUAGACCUGGACCAAGAGGACGACGUCCCGCUCAGACAGGUAGAAUGGAGUGAUCUGGAGCCAUAUCACAAGCAGGAUAUCCUCAACAAGAAACAUCACGAAGACGUCAAGACACAGGUUCUGUUCGAGCAGAAAGGAUUCUGCAAGGAAGGCGGCGAAGGGGACGGAUACUAA